CUGGAGAGGAGAGCGUGCCGGUGGAUUACCAAUGCGUGUCCUCUGAAUGCACCAGGAUGCUGCAUCUCCACCCGGGGAAAAGCUGGCCGUGGCUCGCCUGCAGAGAGAAGUCGCACGGAGCAAGAGUGAAGGAACAAUGCGAGAAAAGCUGAUCCACGAGCUAGAGGAAGAGCGACGCCUGCGACUGGAGAGCGAGAAGCGUCUCCGGGAAGUGACGGAGGAGUCGGAUCUGGGACGGGCGCAGAUGGUUUCACUGCAGCAGCAAUUCUCCAGGAUGGAAGAGACGGUGCGGUCGCUGCUGCACAACCAGGGCGGCGUGGAGCAGACGGCUGUGGACCCACUGGACAUCAUGAAGGCCUACAGGGAUAAACUCUCGGAGGAAGUGCGGAAACAGUUCGACGGCCCCGAGGAGAACGCCUCCCUGCCGCCGUCGACUAAGGCGGGGCCAGACCCGCCGAACGCCGACACCAGCCAAGCAGAAGAGGACGAAAACGGAACCGUACCCCUUCUGGAUCGCCUCCAGGCCCUGGAGGAGAAGAAUUCUGCCCUGGCCGUGGAGAACGAGAGCCAGAGGGAACAGUACGAACGCUGUCUUGACGAGGUUGCCAAUCAAGUUGUGCAGGCGCUUCUCACCCAGAAGGAUCUGAGAGAGGAAUGUCUGAAGCUGCGGACUCGAGUUUUUGACCUGGAGCAGCAGAAUCGGGCGCUGGGCGUUCUGUUCCAGCAGCGGAUCAAGCCCGCCUCGGACCUGCUCCUCCAGAAACUCCACUCUCGGAUCAUGGAUCUAUCUGCAGCAGAUUUGCUCUUGGAGCCCGAGAGAAGCAAGGCCUUUCUGCUUUCCAGGAACACAGACUCUCCUUUUAGUGAGGUGCAGAUGAAUGGAAAGGCGGGUCUCCCAGUGGCCAAGUGUCUGAGCCAGCUGAGUCUGACAGUGCCAGCGCCUGUGUACCCACGCAGCAGCUGUAGCAGUAGUGAGUUGUCCCUGUCGAGUGCAUGCAGUGAAUUCUCCAGCGGCUCCUAUACCUGGAAUGAUGGACGCUCCUGUGGGAAAAUGUCAUCGCUGACCUGGGAGAAGAGGCUGAGUUUGGGUUCGUCGGCUCCUAGUAAUAUCUGCGCCCCGCCGGAGGAGCAGCCGCCCACAAGGCGCAAGGAGAGCAACAUACUGGAGGGACUGAGGAAGCUCCAGAGGAGGAAACACAGGAGCUCCUCUGUUUCGUCCAAGGUUUCCAAGUCGGCCGACAAAGACUGCAUGAACUCCAACGAGGGCAUCUACUCCCUGGGUAUAAAGACUGGCAGUAAAGGGGUGUCCAAGCCCACCCACGUCGGUAGAACUUUAGCUGUCGGGGGCAAGAGGUUCUCUUAUGAUUCUGAUGAUGCAGAUGAUGAAUUGCCACAUUCCAGUCGAGGAGUUGACAUCCCCACCAAGGAUAGCUGGUUUUACUGUAAGAGGCUCUCUCGGAGCAUAUCAGACAGUUUGUGCAGCUGGGAGGGGCUACAGGACAGUGGGGGGGGAGGGGACGGGAGCUUGGGUCCAGCGGCUUCAAAACACCCUUCUGGCUGUGACUCAAAAGAGCGUCCUGAGAAACUCCUGAGUUUCAUCAACAGUUUUCUCCCAGAGGGAGCGAGGACAUCAGCUUUUUCUAAACCCUCCUCACUGCACUUCAUCCCUUCUGACCCAGAGGGUCCAAACCCCCUCUCUGACGCGGAUGAUCUAGAGGAACUCAACUCUGAGUCUAGUGACAUCCGAAUGUCCUUCAGCCAGCCACCGGAGCGAGCGGAGAGGGACUCCGAGAGGGUUUCACGAGAUGCUGCCAAGCUGCUUGCACAACAGUGCUUGCGAAGAGAGCAGGGACGCACCCAGUCUGCAGAUGGGAGGCCCAGGCCUUUCAGCCUAAUUAAGGAGCCCAAAGGGGCAACGUCUACUCAGUCUGAGGAGAGCAUUUCUAAAAUAUUUGAUGCCGAAGGAGAGCCUAUUGAACUUUGUGCUCAGAAGCUCACAGCAGGUGUUGGCCCUGUAAAUGACAUCCAAAGUAGCAAAGUAAUUGACGAUUACACGGAACUACUGCCCCGCGAGAGGCCAACAAGGCAGAAAUCAGUAAAUGCAAGAAACUACACCGUUCUUGAAUCUCCAGAGAAGCCGUCUGAAUAUCAAAUUAGGUCGGGCAAAACAAGCAAUAGCAGGGAUGGAAGUGCAGAGAGGCUGUCAAUGCAGCUGACGCCACAAAGGAAAUUAAUCAAACCACCAGCCAACCGACCUAAUAAAGGCCAUUCCAUCCCUCCCAUGAACGAUUCUGCUCCGAAGUCGAGUGGUUCAAAGAUACCCGGUCGAAACAAACCUUUAGGAUCACCACUGAAAUUGUCUAAGGUUUCUUCCACUGAACCAAGUAGCAGUGGAAACUCAGGACCCUCUGGUCAGGAGAAGUCCCCCUCCUCUCCUGCAGUUAAAAUGUCCAGGUUCAUCAAAGCAGCAGGAACCUGUUCACAGAGCCCAAAGGCAGUAAACUCCAAGCUCCCCAGCAGGGCCGAAUGGAGUAAGGGCUCCUCCUCCAGUUCCCCACACCUCUCAAGGAGGCACCUGGAGUAUGCUGACAAUGGCGAACAGCCAACCAGAGACAAACACUGUGAAACCAGCAAAAAUAAACUCAGGUCCCCUUCUCCUCCCCCUCCUCCGGGCCGCACCACCUCCUUACUAAUCAGACCAAAUUACGAAGGGUCGCCUCAAGCACAUAAAACAUGGGUGGCUCAAACCUCCACACCGACCACUGUGAGGGGCCCUCCCCCAAGUUACCACACAUCACUUGUACCAAAUAUGCAAACUACGCUACCCAUCAAGGAUAAAGACUGUUUAGACUUGGAUGCAGGCUACGGGACUGCACUUGCACCUCAGAAACUGGUUGAGAAAACCAGUCAGCACCUUCAAAAGUCCCCCGCCAAUACUCAGACAACUACUAAAGGCACUUCCAAGAGGAUGACCACAAAAGACUACCUCCCUUCUGCAAACUCAGGGUGUGCUCCAGAAUCUGAAAAUGCACCUAAAAGCUCAAAGAAUGUCCCUCCUCCCUACAGUGCCCUCAGAGGGUCCUCUCUUCAAAAUUCAUUUGCAAGUAAAAGAGGAUCAACCCAUGAUAAUGUCCAUCAGACAGUGCAGAAGACGUCUAUUAGUUUGCCUAUAUCGCUUCAGGACACUCCUCACGGUAAAACAGAACCCCAAAAUGGCAAAGCGGUUGUCAGCCCACCCAGCUCAGUCAUGAUUUCCCCCAACUCAGCGGAUAAAGCCUCAAAGACUCGCAUCCCAAUGGGGUUUAAAGCAUUUUUAAAAUCUCCCCCGAGCCAUAAAAAUAGUCCCUCUAUACCAGGCAAGCAAGAGAAAGAUCAUAUCAACUCAGUCUCCAAGGAGACUGUGACUUUAAAUGCUUCUACUCAGUGUGACAGCUUGCAGCCAGUGUACAGUAUUGAUUCACCAGCCAAGAUGUCUGUUACAGAGGGAAAAGGUGAUGUCCAGUAUAGGUUGCUGGAAGACGAAGUGCAUGCUGCUGUGUUGCCAGAGGAGGAAGAGGUUUGCGAUAAAGGGAAAAGGAGUAGUCAGCUUUUCUCCAGAUCCAUAUCUGUAACUACUAAACCUCAUCUUAAGCCAGCCUUGGGGAUGAAUGGGGCCAAAGCAAGGAGCCAGAGCUUCAGCACCAACUACAUUGAGAAACCCAACAUCAAUUCUCUGGAUGGACCGGGUAAAAUCCGAACUCAGAUCAUCACCAACUCGGGCGAAAGGGGAAACUCUUUGUCAAGGCAGACUUCAUUGGAGGUACCAAGUGGUGGGUUAGCGGAGAGCCCUGUCCAUCCCCCCAGGACUAGGCUUAGCCACUAUGGAGGCAUGACGGGGUCAAACAGCCACAACGUCCUCCCUGAGAGAACUUCUAAAUCAGGCUCCAAAGGUAACGGGUCACAGGGCACAGCGAAGGCGAACGCCAUCACCUCACCUUCUCAAAAAGAGGCCCGAAGCUUACCCAUCAGUGAUAGGAUUGGUUUGAACAAUAUUCGCAAGACCGCAAAAGUUGCCUCUCAUCCACAGUUUCAUCCUCCCUCCUCUUGUGUCUAUCGCUCAGAAAAUCCAGUGCGAGAGACGGGAGGCCUAGAAACCAGCGCUAACGAGCCAGACCUCAGCAGGGAAGUCCAAACCCAGGAACACUCUCCGGACACGGAGGAGAAGAAAAUCAGCCCAACGGCCUGCACUAUCGAAGAGAAAGUCAUGAUGGGAAUCGAGGAGAAUUUGCAGAAAUGUCAAGAGCAGGAGAAAGUAGCUGCCAGCGAGACCAAACAAAAGACGGGCCCCUCUCUGGCGAACUGGUUCGGCCUCCGUAAGAGCAAACUUCCAGCUCUGAGUGGUAAGAAAGCUGAACCUCCGAAGGGGAAAGAGGAGAAGAUAGAGACAAAGAUUGGAUCAGUGCUCGGCGGCAAACAGGUGAAGUCUGACAAGAAGAAGGAUAAGAAGAAAAAUGACAACCAGCAGAGGGACAGUCAGGAGGUGCAGAAUCUGUCUGAGAUGAACAACAAGCUGAGCUCCAUCAUGGACCACUGCAACAACCAGAUGGGUCAGAUUGCCAGUCAGAUCCAGUGUACGACAGCCUUCAUCGGCAAAGACCAGUUUGUGAAGGAGCUUCUUGGCAGGACCGCUGUGAAGGGCAACUGUGUGGCUGCAUCGCCGCCCGGGAUCUCCACCCCCAAGAAACACAGUGAUACGAGGAGAGAUAUGGAGAUCUGUGCAGAUACUGCUACCCUUUUAAUGAGUCAGAAGAUCCACCUGAGGCCUGAAAAUGAAGCAGGACGCAUCCCAGACACGUCUUGCCAAGACCACAUGAUCGGCUCCGGCUGUCAGAUGAGAACCCUGGACAGCGGGAUCGGCACCUUCCCCCUCCCUGAUUCCGUCACCCGGGCCAGCGGUCGCCACAUCUCCAAAUCUGAGUCCAGCCCAGGUGGGGUGACCGCAGGCUCUUCUGAUCUAGAUCGGGAGCCUCCCUCUUCUCACCCAGACCCCUCACAACCUGAUGUGAAAGUGCCUUCCCUCCCAAACACCCGCCCGCAUGCCCCGACAAGCAUGGGUCACUCCCUGUCCGAACCCAGUGUGACCUGCAGCGACCACGCACAAGACACCCAGAGCCGCCUGCCCAAAUUAGCAGCUUCAGAUGCAAUCAGGACAAAGAGGUUGAGUCUCGGCUCUCCACGCAGCAGCAGCAUCUCCACAGAGGACAAAGAGACGGAAGCAGAGAGGACGAUGAAAGCCCAGGAUGAGGACCUGCCCAGUGAAAGAGCCCUGCAAGUGAGCACGUACUCAGGGAGCGGCAGCGACACCGAGACCGAACCAGAGAGAACCGGAAGCUCACCACAGAGGACCCUGGUCAACAGAUCUAAAAAGAGGGACUCAGUGGACCAGAAUGAGGAGACCCUGAAGAGGAGCAGUGUGGAGACGUCCUUGUCCAUCAUGGACUACUACCAGCACGAAAUGUACUCUCAUCUGGAGAAGGACAGCCGGCGGAUCUCCCAGUACAACCUGUUGCACAAGGAGUCGUCCCUGGAUGGCAAAGCCGGAGACAGACUCAGUAAGGACAUUCCCACGGAGAAGGCGCCCGUCAGUGGCCAGUCGAGCUCCCUCGACUUCUCCAUGGAGUCCCUGAACCAGCUGAACCACAGCGGCUCCAGCAGCGGCAGCCUGUACCCGGACGUGAGCUUGGGCGGCCGCCGGGGCGACGGUCACGCCGAGGCGGGCAAGAGCGAAGAGGACUGCUGCAAGGUGGACGAGCCCUCCUCCUCCAGCUUCAUGAGCAAGCCGGGGGCCGAUCCCGUGGGCUCCCUCAGCGACUCGCUGUACGACAGCUUCUCCUCCUGCACCAGCCACGGCUCCAACGAAGUGUAGGGGCAACGAGGAAGAAGGCGGGGCUGUAAAGCGCGAUAUCGAGGCCGGUCUCUGACAUCAAGUUCUUUUCAAAUUCUCUCCUCACGAGGAGAUUUUCAGGAUGAUUUUCAUCCCUGUUGAACCUUAAGAAACCCCCUCUAAGCAUUUUUGUUUGCAUUAACAAGUAAAAACAUACUUCUAUUGGACUUGGUUUGGUCUCAACCCUCUUUGGAUCUGGACUACAGCCCGGCCACAACAUGCAGAGCCCUGUGCUCUCUCCAUACAACACGAAGCACUUAGUGGAGCCGGAGACCCGAACCCCAAACCAGGACUUUGAAUAGUUUGACUCUGGGUGUGGUGGACUGGACAGCAAUACAAGACAUUGUGUCUUUGAAAUUCUUUCCCUCUGUGGCGGGGGAACUUCUUAUCAUUGCACUGUAACAAAUACUGUACAAAGUUUGUGAGGAGUGAACGAUUAUUCAAGCAGCGAUAAGCGGGGCGUCUCCUCGGGGGGCGUCUGCUCGGGGAGCAUCUCCUCGGGGGGCGUCUCCUCGAGGAGUGUCUCCUCGAGGCAACAUGGCCGUACAGUUGCAACAUAAUUGUUGCUUUGAUUGCAUUCCCAAUGGCUAGGAAAGUAGAUUUAAACCACGAGGUGUCAUUUUAUGUUUUGCUGCUAAGUACGUUGCUCAAAUAUUACCCAUGUUGAAUCACAACCCAUAAUAAUACACCUGGUUCAUCAUCCAUCAUCUACUCCUUUUUUUAUAUUUCCUUUCAUUCCUGUUCAUUUUAAAGGUAAAAACCUGUUGCCAAUCCUCCCUUUGUGGGUUAUUUCAAGCAACUUUGCAGCCGCAAACUACAUCGUUUUUUUUAAUUUUUUUAAAUGUCUUAAGAAUUAUCACUAUCCAGCUAACAAUACUUAUGAUGAUGUCAACUGAAGCAAAACACACUUUGUUUCCACGCAUGAACUAAUAAGUGACUUUUCACGGUCUGACUGGUACUUGAAAGCACCCCGUGUUUUUGUUGAUAGCUCAGGGAACAUACUGGACUCAUGUAGAUUGUAAGAAUUAAACCGCAGCCAUCAGGAAAAAAUGUCGACGAACACAAAAUUACACUCAGUAAUCUUCUGCUUUUGUUUCUCAUGCAAAACCCCAGAAUCCAAACAGUCUCAUGUAGCCUAGCGUAGCGUACCCGACCUCUCCAAACCUCAGUUUUCCUUUCAUAGUUGUAUAUUAUGUUGUAUAUAGAAAAUAAGUUAAUAUCAGAAGGGGCAUUGCUGAUUGAUAUAUGCAAAUGAGGAGAAAAGCAACAACAACAACAAUAACAAAUGUAAAUUGUUUGCCAAUCAUCCAACCAAGGUUUUAAGUGUGAAAAUGGCAUGCAUCUUUUUUCUUGUUCAAAGCAAAAUCUUUAUUUUGAUCGAUAAGAGCUAUUACUAAAAUAUCACUUUAUUUUAAAGACAUAUUUGAACUUUUAGGUGAAGUUAUGCCAAAUUUCUAUCUGGAAUUUGACCAGCUGGUGCUAAUCAACAGAGCCGACUGUGCGUUUCAUUUUUUCUAUGAAACUGUUAAUAUUGUAUGAAGAGAGUCUGAAGAGGACUUGUGUAUUUUUCUAGAUGUCCAGUAUUUAUACCCACAUUUUGUACUGUCAGACUGUAGUGUGAUUGUCAUGCUUCACCUCUCUCCUUAAAUGUUCCUGGUUCCUUUGAAAAGAGAAAUGGUUACCAGCAGUGUUACUUUGGUAAUUAUUAUUAAUGUUAUUAUUAUUAGUAUUACUGCGUGCAAUUUUUGUCUGUUACACCAGACUUUAAUGCUAUAUUUUAUGUAACUAUUUCCUAAAUAAA